AUGGCAGAAGAACCAGCCCCUGAGCGACUAAUCCACUAUUACGAUGAGAUGACAGAGGCUAAAGCUGGUAUGCUUUUUUUUCCACUUCGAAACCUAUUCAAGAAAAUUCGUAUUUAUGCUGGAGUUUGUGCUCAAAGUCCCAAAAAGACCAUAAUGAUUGAAAAUAUUUUUUCUACGUAUUUUUGGAAUUGACCAGUAGGUGUUCAGUAAUAUGGCGAUUGGGAAAUUACAAAAGAAAUGUGGAAAAAUGCAAUUUUCCCCAAAUUCACCUUUAACAUUCCUCCCAGUUAUUCUAAAUUGAGCCUAACAGCCAUAAAAAGUAAUUGCAAAUAAUAACAUUCUGUUGAUGCUACGUAUGACUGGACACUAAGACAUUUUUCGUUUAAAAUACCCUACUCCAACUGAUAUCUCCAAAUCACAAAAAGUAUAUUGAAACUCGAUUUUCCAAGACUGCCAACUUCACACACUCGUGUUAGAAAGAUUAUUACUUUUCAGAUAUAGAUCGUGGUUUCAAGUUCGGAAGACUGACACAACGUAACAGAUCGUUAAAAGCAAAAAACUAUAUGAAUUAGUUUCGGGAUUUUAUGAAUAUAAAAUCUAAUAGGGAGGCGAAACUAAAAGCAAAAUAGGCUGAAUGAACUGCACUUGAGCGGCUGCAAAAAAAAUCUAAUUGAAAACCGGCAGAAAUUAUUUGGACUAGUCAUUUUAAUGAUUGUUCCAUUAGCUUCCUCUAGUGUGUAUGCAACGUAAAACUAAAUGAUUUAACUCACAGCGAUAUUUUUAACACUUAAGCUAUCCCCACAAAGGACUACAAGAACUUCCUGGUUAAAUGGGGAAUCGAGGAGAAUCAAGCUGAGGUACAAAAAUCCACCUAACAACUUUUACAUUCUUCUAUAUUUUUUAUAGAUAUGUUUUUAUGUCGAAGUAAUGUUUUAGUUUUUCAUGCAGUAUGCUGUUUAAAAUAUUUGUCCCAUUCGAGCAAAGCUAGCAUAUGUUCAGAGUAAGACGUUUACUCCUCUCUACCGAGUUACUUUUUUCCGUAGCGUAUUUGCAAUCGUUUCGAUACCAACAAAACUGGAUUCAUCCGUCGAGAAGAUCUUUACCGCGAUUGUACAGGAUUCACCAACGAGUAUGUACAGUUGAAUAAUUUUCUUCUACCUUUGCCCUUGAGACACCUGUAUUUUUCUAUGUAAUGAAGUUAAUAGAUAACCGCGUUCGUUUUUUUCCAACUCAAACUUACAGUUCCCAGCAAUUCAGUUUUUCUCCAGUCAUUUAGGUCGGCUUGAGACAAGACUCCGACUUACCUCACUUAGACCCUUUUAUACGUUAUGCUAGAUAGUAACGCGUUUCAAGAUGAUAAUACUAUUAAUUGCUUGACUAGGCAACCCUGUGGACACUGUCAGUACUCUGGACAGUUUAGUCGUUAAUUGCGUUUAGGCCAAUGAGGGAUACCCUACGUACUGGCUAAACUGAGCAAAACAACCUAGGUUAUGGUAAAAUUAUCCUUAUGUGGAGCAAAGCCUUGGCUUUUGCACGCUUUUAAAGAAUUAUAUGUCCAAAUGGCGAAAAGGGAUAGUCGUUAACUGUCAACCGACACGAUAAGCAAACUGACGGGUUUUUUCACUACAAUCCGCCCUUGUUGAUAUCGACUGGAUAAUACAGAUCAGUCAGAGCGUUCGAGAGGCAAAAUCCAAAAAAACGUAUGCAACCUGUUUGAGCCAGAAUCUGUCCUUACAAAAAUUUUGAUCCCCAAAUGCGUGGUGGAGUAUUUGUUAAUAAUGUGCCCAUCUAUUGAUGCAGGUUUGGAGACGGUUGUGGGUUGCUUUACUUUAGUACUUACCUCAUCUCCUUUUCAGUACUAGCGCUUUGAGGGAUGUCCGGAUUCUUACCACAGACAUGAGACCCAUGCAGCGCCAGUCAAUAAUAUUGUACGUCAUUGAAAUCCUUCAGAGGCGGAUGUCCAAGCAGGUAAAAGUUUGAUGCGCAUGCAUAUCACUAAACGUAUUCUUCAUCCUGGAUUUCAGAGGCCCUGUCGCGCAUCAAAUUUGCCUUUGCCAUACUUUUAUAACAUUUUUUGGAUUGCCUGAUGAAUAUGCUGAUGGCUAGCAUAAAGAAAGGUGUCGGCAAUAGCGGGAAAAUAAUUGGUGACUUCUAGAUUUUGCUAAGCCAAGCAAUUUCGGUUGGAAAAUUCAUUGUUCUUUUUCAACCAGUAGAAAUAAGACGGUUAAAGUAAAUUCAAGCUUAAGAAGACGAAAGCCGGAAAUUUUUUCGCGCCGCAUGUGCUUAGAAGGCUCUACUAAUUGUCUCCUGUUUGCUUUCCUUUCGAAAAUAAUCUGAUAACAGAAUGUCCAUGUGUUAGAACUUGCCUUGUAUCAGCGUCAAACAAUGGAGAAUACGGAGACUUAGUCGACAUUAACCAACGUCAAAUUCUACUAGCGUGCUGUAUGAUGUAUGCUUCCGUGAUUUAUGUUUUGUGCCCCAUGCCGUCAUACCUCCCACAUGAUUGGCUUAACUUCGAAUUUAGGUAAAUAAGGACAGCAUGUCUUGUCCUAUUCGAGUAAAGUUUUCCGAAUAAUCCCGGUGCCUUCAGCCUAGAUACCCUCGUCGCCUUGGCUUAAGAUAGUGUAUUGGUCAUGGUAAUAACAGCUUUUUAGCAUAUUUCCAAAAAUACAACACUCAGAACAGCGUGGUGAUCUUGGUAUCAAUAAAAUUCGACAAGUAAUAUAGUCAGUAGUUCAAAGAAUAUGAUUGGUUGACUUGUUGGAGCUAUGUUGCCUGUUACGUACAAAAUUUUAGUUGUCUGAUUAAAUUUAUUUUCGUCCAAAAACAGGAACAACUUAAUGCAGUUAAACAGAGGGUGGAAUCCGUCUACGGGGAAGGUUGGAACUGCUAUAUGACUGACGGUAAAUUCUACUCGGUCUGCUCUCAUAAGGCUGGUUCGAGUUUGGUCUUCGUCUACAAGAACAUCGUGUUCGGUCUCUACCAGACUCCUGGAGCUGGGAGAAAAUAG